AAACAGCACCCCUCCCCACUGACCGCCGCAUCCCUAAAACCCUCGCCCCAUGUCGCUCUCUACUCUCAACCACCCCGCCGCCGCCACCACCGCCGCCGCCGCCUCCGGGCGGGGGAGGCCCUUCUCCCCGGCGCCGUCGACGGUGCGCCUGUCCAGGAGACGGGUCCCCGCCCCCGCCGCCGCGUCCGCGCUCGCGGUGGAGGCGGACCCCGCCGCCGACAGGGUCUCGGCGCUGAGCCAGGUCUCCGGCGUGCUCGGGUCGCAGUGGGGCGACGAGGGGAAGGGGAAGCUCGUGGACGUGCUCGCCCCCCGCUUCGACAUCGUCGCGCGCUGCCAGGGUGGAGCAAAUGCUGGACACACCAUCUACAAUUCUGAAGGCAAGAAAUUUGCCCUUCAUCUUGUUCCAUCUGGUAUUCUCCAUGAAGGAACACUAUGUGUUGUUGGCAAUGGAGCAGUGAUCCAUGUUCCGGGGUUCUUUGGUGAAAUUGAUGGUCUUCAAUCCAAUGGAGUCAGUUGCGAUGGAAGAAUACUGGUUUCUGAUAGGGCCCAUCUGCUCUUUGAUCUGCAUCAGACUGUAGAUGGACUUAGGGAAGCUGAGCUUGCGAAUUCCUUCAUAGGGACGACAAAGAGAGGCAUUGGACCUUGUUAUUCCAGCAAGGUCACUCGGAAUGGACUGCGAGUUUGUGAUCUAAGGCACAUGGACACUUUUGGGGAUAAGCUCGAUGUUUUAUUUGAAGAUGCUGCUGCGAGGUUUGAAGGCUUCAGGUACAGCAAAGGCAUGCUCAAGGAAGAGGUUGAGAGGUACAAGAGGUUUGCAGAGCGUUUGGAGCCCUUCAUCGCUGACACUGUUCAUGUGUUAAAUGAAUCCAUCCGACAGAAGAAGAAAAUUCUGGUUGAAGGUGGUCAGGCAACUAUGUUGGAUAUCGAUUUUGGAACUUAUCCAUUUGUGACUUCUUCUAGCCCUUCAGCUGGUGGAAUUUGCACCGGCCUUGGGAUUGCCCCUAGGGUUAUUGGUGACCUGAUUGGAGUUGUAAAAGCUUACACAACAAGGGUUGGCUCUGGCCCUUUCCCAACUGAACUACUUGGAGAGGAAGGUGAUGUUCUUAGGAAGGCUGGGAUGGAAUUUGGAACGACUACAGGUCGUCCAAGACGUUGUGGCUGGCUUGACAUCGUUGCACUGAAAUACUGCUGUGACAUUAAUGGGUUUUCAUCUCUGAAUCUAACAAAACUUGAUGUUCUGUCUGGGUUACCAGAAAUUAAGCUGGGUGUUUCUUAUAAUCAUCAAAUUGAUGGACAGAAACUACAAUCCUUCCCAGGGGAUCUUGACACCCUGGAGCAAGUACAGGUCAACUAUGAGGUGCUUCCUGGGUGGGACAGUGACAUCUCUUCUGUCCGAAGUUACAGUGAACUCCCCCAAGCCGCCCGCCGUUACGUGGAGAGGAUAGAAGAGCUCGUCGGCGUUCCAGUGCACUACAUUGGUGUCGGACCUGGGAGGGAUGCUCUCAUAUACAAGUAAAGGGCAAACUCGAUCGGGUACUAUUGUAUCGGACAGAAUAAUUCAGUCUUAACUAGGCGGGUGUGAGCAUUGCUGUGUCAGCACACCCUUGAUUUGCCAAUUGUAGCGGGUAAUACAAUCGGCAGGCCACUGGCAGGCGGGGUGAUGUAAUACCUGCAAUAAUGAUUUCCGGGGAAUGUCCCAAGAUAUAUCACCAUAAGGAUGCAAUGUUUUUGUUUGGUGGUA